AUGGGAGACACUCAAUCUGCGCAACGGGAGAGUAAAGAGGAUGCGGUGGCUGAGGAGCAGAGCAGCCGGGCGGAUGAUGUUCAGACUGAGCAAACUAUUGAGGACACUGACAAUAAGCCUCUCCAAAAUAAUGGGCAGAUCUCUGGGAUGAAGGGGAAAGCAGCAGAAGCUGACGGUCACUGUGAGGAUGAGGUUGUUGUUGUUGGUAGCAUUUGUUUUCUUUCCGCAGACUGUGACACAAGUUCAGCCCUCGUUUCUCCAGAAGAAAAUGUUCCAGAAACAGAGGAACCUCUUAAAGAGGAGGAAACACCAUUAGAAAAUGUUGAGAUAAAUGAGAAGGAAUCACCUGAUGCUGACGAAUCAGAGCCAUCAGAUAUAACUGAAACGGAAGCAAAGCUGAAUGAAAUCAAUGAAGGUUUUAAGAAAUUUUUUAAUAACAUUGGUUUGAAAUUCACUGUUAAGAAAGGCUCAGGUGAGAAGGUUGAAACCGCAUCAGAUGUGCCCAUUGAGACUAAUGAGGGAGAGCCAAGCAGCCCCGAUGAUGUCAAAGAAACCACCAAGGAAACCAUAAGUGAGAAUGCUGAACAGAAUAUUGAUCCAAGCAUGGUAUAUGAGACUGCUGAUAAUGACUCAACAACCUGCCCGACACUGACGGACAUGACAUCAGAAGACCUUCUGGAGAACAUUGAGGAGAAAAACACAGGGACAACAGAGGGCAAAGAGGAAGACGCAUCUGAUAAAGUUGUAGAGGCACUGGCAACCUCAACACCUGUUGGUGAAGAGGAGAAGAUGCCUGAUGAGGAUAAUAUGCCUGAAAAGGAGCUGGAUGCCACAUCUCCCACUGCUGUUGAAGAAGAGGUCAUUUCUCCCAUUAAAAGGUUUUUUACAACUGGAAUCUUUUCUGGUUUACGGAAGAAGAAGAAACCUGCAGACAAUGACAAAGCAAAUGAAAUCAAUGAGACAACUGAGAAAGAUGUAGCUGGGAUAGAGAAACAGGAAGCUCUAGAAAAGACUGGAGAAACUGAACAAGAUCAACAGCAGGUAAAAGAUUUCAGGCCAGAUAUUGAGACAGCUACAGGGGAUUUGGAACAAAAAGAAAAUGUACUUAAAGAGGAGAUCCUCCCUGCAACACGAGACACAAAUCUUUCACCUGAAGGUCCUGAAAUGAGAAAAAAUGCCCCUGAAGAGAAAUCACCCAGUAGGGAACCAUCAAAAGGUGUCAGUGAGCCUGAAAUUCUGAGUUCCCAAGAGAAGGUCAAAGUUCAAGGCAGUCCCUUAAAAAGGCUACUGUCUGGUUCUAGUUUUAAGAAACUCUCCAAAAAGCAGAGAGACAAAAAAUCCAGUGACCAAAAGCUGACUGAUUCUGGUGAGCAACUUGGUGAUCAGCUCUCACUAUCUGCUGAGUCAGCAAAGCAUCAAAGAGAAGAAAGUCCUUUACAAUCCCACGGAGAGGUAGCAGCAGAGGAGGAUGGUACCUGGGCUUCUUUCAAAAAACUUGUUACUCCAAAAAAGCACAUUAAGAAGGCCUCUCCCAGCAAUGAAGAGGCAGUUAUCACAGGCUCAACAGAGGAACCAAAGCCAAGUGACGGAGAACAAAUAUCAGAUGCCAGCACAGAAGAGACGAAGAAAAGAAAAGAUUCAUCUGUCUCAUGGGACGCCUUUUUGUGCGGAUCUGGAAAGAAAAGGAGUAGAAAAACCUCCGACUCUGAAGACGAAACACCCCGAAUUGAGGGAGAUGGGAACAGGUCAGAUGGUGAAGCUAGACACAGUGCUGGUUCACCAAUAGAAUCUUCUAAUGAGGGAGAUGAGCUUGUAGCCUGUUUCCCUGAACAAGCAGAAAGUCCUUCUGAGGGUGAUGGAGGGUCGACAUGGAAAUCACUCAAAAAACUUGUCACCCCAAAAAGGAAAGCCAAAGAUGAGGAGGAAAGCAAAGACAAUAUACCAUCUGAUAGUGAAAGUAAUAAAACCGACUCUUCCUUUUCAAUUAAAAAACUCCUCCCAGGACGAAAAAAGAGAAAACCAACUGAAAAGCAAGAGCAAGGGUCUUCAGAUGAGGCUGACAAAGAAGUAGGGUCAGACGAUGAAGAUUCAGAGACACCAGCUGUGGUUCCCUUGUCUGAAUUUGAUACAUUUGAGAGAGAGGAUCAAGUACAAAUACAGGCAGUCAUAGAAAAUCAUAUGCCCAAAGCAGUAGACUUUGAACCUCAACAGGACCUCGCUGAUCAGAUAACUGAACCGGCUCUCCCUAGUGACAGUCCGCCUACUGAGCCCCAGAAGGUCCAAGGCACUGAUAAUGCCUCAGGAAAUCAGGCAUCUGCAACUCCUGCUUCAAAUGAAGAACAUGAUGACCAAACAGAAUUCAUUAGUAAAUAUCAACAGCUCAGUGACAUCCCCGAGGAGGGCGUAAUUGAGGAGAGUGUUGCCACUCCAGUUUCAUUCACUGAGGAAGCUCCUAGAGAUGACACUAUAGCAGAAGAUCUGAUAGAGUUGACAUCUGAGGCCAUUACUGCACCAGAGCCUGUAGAUGUCACCCUGGCAGAUGAAACUGAGAUGGUCUCUGCUGUUUCUCAGUUGACAGACUCUUCAAAAACAUCUGGCAACACAACGCCAGUCCCAGCAGAAUAUGAUGUCAAAGAAACAGAGACCCUUCUGCAUCAGGUUGUUGAAACCAUCUCUACGACCCCAAAUGCCGAACUUGUAUGCUCAAAUGAAGUAAGAACUGAACAAAUAGUUAGUUCUUUCUCUCCUCAAAUACUUGAAACAGCUGCACAACAAGAAGCAACAAUUUUAACAUUACACCAGACAGUAGAUGCAACUGUGAUAUGCACAGGUGUCACUGCUAAGGAAUUUGAUGCAGUUAAUGUACUUGCUGCAACAGCUCAGAUGGAGAGUGCAUCUGAAGUCAGUGAAGUUAUGUCCACAGAGGCCUUAUCAGAGCUUACUACUGAGGAGUUUGACACUGCUGAAAUUGCUGUAGAUGAAGUAUAUCAGGCCAAUGUCUCAGCAACCCAGAUGGAGAAUUUACCUGAAGUCAAUGAAGGUAUUUCCACAGAGCCCUUAUCUGAGCUUCCUACUGAGGAGUUUGACACUGCUGAAAUUGUUGUAGAUGAAGUAUAUCAGGCCAAUAUUUCACAAGAGAUUUUAAAAGAAUUCAAAAGCAACGAUGAGAUUCAGCCUCUGGCGGAGUGUAUACCUGAAGCAAAUGAAGCUGCGUCCACAGAGCUACUGCAUGAGGAUGAAAAAAUUGGCACAGCCCAAGUCCUCCUAGAUGAGACCAAUCAAGCUGAAACUCAGUCUCCUGAAAUUACAUCUCAUAAAGCAGAUUCAAAUGUGGCUGUAACAGAAAAAAAUGAAAAUGAAAUUGCAGCACAGAUGGGUGAAGAAGCACUGUUACAACAAGAACAGAUCAUAAAGAAUGACACUGAUCAAGUUGAGAUUCAUGAUGAAGUAGUGGAGGAAUUGCAGAAAUCAACAGUUGUUCUAGCAGCCACUUCACAGUUAAAGGAGGAAAGCGUUCAAAUGAUUGAAAAGCCAAUAUUAUCAGAGGACAUCCCAAUAAGAAACACACUUACAGGUGUACCCAAACAUGAAGUGCAUCUCACUGAAGUCAACGUUGAGCAAGAAAAAGAAGGUGAUUUCCAGGUUGUUAAAAUGGAUCCUGCUAAGGUUGAGCAUGUUCCAGUACCAGAAGUAUCAACACAUGGUGUAAAAGAUGCAAUGGUUGAAAAAGAACGUGAGCUACAGGCACAAAGGUAUGUAGAGGAGGGUACUGUUAAGGAAUUUGAAGAGCAACUGAUAUUAGAACAGAUUCCUGAACCAGAAACUGACAUCACCAUUACCUCAGUGAAACCUGAAACAGAGAGUGAGGCUGCAGAAGAACUGGCUCAAACUGUGAAGAUCAAAGAGGUUCAGAUCAUAGAGAACAUCAUAGAGGAUGUCUCACAAGAUGUUAAGGUUGAGGAUGAAGACCACAUUCCUCAAGUGGUUGAUGAGUUACAAACACUGACAGCUGUCAACAUAGCCUCUGUCAAUUUGGAGCCAAAUGGUGUUCAGGUCCUCGAAAAGCAAGUUAAAUCUGAGGACAUUCCAGCACAUUGUGUUGAUAGUGCCAUUGCCUCAGCUGUAGAUGAACCCCUAUAUGAAGCACAUCUCUCUGAAGUCAAUGUUGAGCUAGAACAAGAAGUUGAUUUCCAAGGUGUUACGAUGGAUGCUGCUAAGGCUGAGCUUGUUCCAUUACCAGAAGUAUCAACACAUGAUAUGUAG